UCUCUCUCUCUCUCUCUCAGAAAGCCACGGCCUUGUUCCCUUUAAUAUUUUAGAUUCCUCUUCCUUGUCCUGUCAAUUUCAACUUUUCUUCACCUCUGACAUCACUUACUUUCCUUUCAGCUCCAUCCCUCAGUUGGCUAUUCUCGUUUUUGAUCUCGCGAGAGUUGGUUUAACCUAUCGGAGCUUCGGCUGGUUGCUAGGAUAUGUUUAACAGCAAGCGGCUCAGACGCUUCGGCUAAUGAUAUAUCUAGGUGAGGAAUUCACUAAUUUCUAAAUCAGAGAUAAAUUUUUCUUCUGAACAUUUCUUUUACUGGUUUCCAGACAUUUGGGAAAAUGUCAAAUCCAAGAAAAGAGAUUAAAGAUCAAAGUGAAGUAGGAUCGACUGAUGCAAGUGAGGCAACUGAAACAGAGGAUGGUGUUGAGACAGAAGAGAUCACAGGACAGCCCAUGGUGGAGAUCAUGCCCACCGGAGAGGCCAAAGAAAAAAUCACGGCAGGGACCCAGAUGGAAUCCAAAGAGCUUGAGGGUUGGGAAAAGCAAAAGCCUGGCAAAAGCAUCCUGGAAAAAAGUACGGGGAGAGAGAAAGCCCCUGACACAAAGGGCAAAAAAGUGAGAAUAUUGGGCUCAGUGACUGCACAGCCUGAAAAGAAGGAAACGAAGAGAUGGGAGACCCAGGCAGAUGAGGAGGCAGGGAAACCUGAAAGGCCAGAGAGGUUGGUCUUCACUCCAUCUUAUUUGGCCAAAAUAAAGGACAUAAAGGAUUCCUUGAAAACGUCAGUGGCAGAUUGUAUAGUCCCAGUAAAAGUUAUGCUUAUUCCUGCGGACCAGAUAUUUACAGUUAAUUUUAAACUUGGCCUGGUGUUAAGACAACUCAAGGAACACUUUUCACAGCUCUUAAAAAUACCACUUGAAAAUCUACAAUUCAUGCAUAAUGGGAGAAUUGUAAAAGAUAUUGAAACCUUAAUGCAUCUUGAAGUUAUGCCAGAUGAAACUGCAAGAUUGGAUUUAUUUUCCUCAGAUUCAGCACUUUAUCCAGUCAAACGAAUAUAUCAAAAAAUGGAAGGUCUAAAUAAUAUCAUAACUGUGAGGGUGCAAUCUGGUGCUAUGAUGUACCAAGAUAUCGUUGUUGAGAUUGAAAAAACUGAUUUCCACAAACCAUUCCUGGGUGGAUUCAGACAUAAAAUAACAGGGAUAGAAUAUCAUAAUGCAGGGACACAAACAGCACCCAAAAAGCUGUCUCCAAAAGUAAGCUUCUUUACUAGAUCGACUCAGACGGUCGUUGAGAAGAAAAAGCUUGUAGCAACUACAAAUAGAACAUCUACCCAGAUGACCAAAAUUGGUGUUUAUGUGUCUAAUAUGACUGAUAAACUCUUAACUCCAGAGCACUAUAUUACAGCAGAUGAAUAUCAUGCAAAAAGAUUGGCAGCGGUACUGGUGAUACAAAGAUAUUUUCGAAAGUGGCUUGCCAAAAAAAUAGUAAAAGGCUUAAGAGAACAAAAAAGAUUAAGAUUGGAGUGGGAAGAACAAGAAGAAAAAAGGAAGGAAAAUGAAAAGAAAGAAUGGCUGAGAAAAGAGUAUGAACGGAGAAUAAAUCCAUAUUCAGAUGAAGACUUUGAACUUCUUUUCCGUGCCUUGGAAGAUUGGAGGGUAGAGCAAAUGGAUUACAUUGAUGAGACUUUCACUGGGGCUGAAAGGAAAGCUGCUCUAUGUGAACUUUUAGAAAAAGAAACACAAAUAAUUGCAUCUAUUGGGAGGCAACGAAUCCGUGCCAAUGAUAAGAGGCAGGAAAAGGCAAUAAGCAGAUUCUUGGAUAAGUGUUCAGCUCCAAAGAAGUGGAUAUCAUGUAAUGACAAAGAAACAGUAAUGGAUACACAAUAUACCAUCAGAGCCAGAGAGCUGCAAGAUAUCUAUAACUGCAUUAUAAUUAAAAACAUUUGUGAUGAUGAGAGGCUAGAUGUGCUAUUAACACUGAAGCACACUGUGAAGGAACAUGAAUGUAAACUGACCCAAGACAUCUUAGAAUUGAUUGACCGAGAGGUUGAUCUUAUGAUGAGGGGAGUUAAAAGCUCUAAUCUUGAAGGACUCAGAAAAAGAAUAGCCACACUAUUUCUUCAAUAUAUUAAAACACCAUUGUUUAACCCUGAAGUCGCUAGACACCUUAAGGUUCCUCAAGAUGCGGCAAAGCUUUAUAAGAAUGUUUACUUUUGUCACAGUUGUGGGAAGUAUUUGCCAUCUACAGAGUUCUCCAUUUCAUCCACUUCAUACCAUAUUAUCAAAUGUCGCAAGUGCUGUAUGCUUGACAAUGAAGCUCGACAACGUGAAGCAUUUUUGAAAUAUAAGAUUUUACUCAAACAACUCUAUCAAUCAGAAGCUGAUUAUGAAGAUGAUUCUCAGAUUGCUUACCUGAUACAGCUACAAGAUCUCCAGUAUCUGAUUGAGAACAUUUGGGCUUCCCAGUCAGCCCUCAGUGCCUGGGAUGAUCUCUAUGAUUUGGUCACUGUCCGAUGGGAUAAAACACAGGAAUGGGCCCCUUGGAACUGUAUUCUCUUGACUAAAGAUGAAGCAGCUGCUCAUCUCAAGAUACAGAAGCUUGAAGAGGGAUAUGAACCUGUAUUUAUUCACAGAAUCAAACACAAGCACAUUUUAGCUAAGAACUAUUUUUCUCAGAUUCCAGUGAUGGCUAAAAUUUUACAUCAUACUGUUGUUGAAGAAAAAACAACGGAGGAAGACAAUAUUGAAAUAAUAGAGGAUGACAUUAACCAAAUAGAAGAGGAAGAAGAUGAGGAAACAGUAGAUUCUAAAACAUCAGAGUCUAUACUUGAGGAUACAGAGAUGUAAUGCUUUCCACAUUAGUGUUUUCCUCUGUGGCUAAUUGAGUAUCAAAACUGUAAUGCAAGGAAAGGAAAGGAAAGAGUUUGUGUCUUUUGUAGUAUUUCUUAAUUAGGAAUAUGACAAAUUUUAUGAUGAUAAAAAAAUCCUUAUAUGAAAUGUUUUUUUGUUAGUCUAUUAGUUUAAAAUCAGAGGAUACUUUUGUAACUGUAUGGAGUGUUUUGAAGUAAAAAGAAAAUGUAUCUUUCUCAUUUGUUUGAAAAUUGAUAUCUGUAUAAUGAUUAAAAUUUUUUCAAAGUGCUUUAUGUACAUUAUAAAUUAUCUCAUUUGAGCCUCAUGAGAUUUUUUUAUGAUUUAGGUACCACUUUAUUAUCCUUGCUUUACAACUAAGGAAACUGAGGCUCUGAAUUUAACUUGUUCUUGGUGACAUAAUUAUUAAGUAUAUCUGCAAUAGGAUUUGAAUCCAGAUCAUGUUGACACCAAGAUCAGCUCUUUAUUCCACCACAGAACUUCUGAUUUGUAUACCAAAUCAUGUUUUUAUUCAGAUUAUCUUAAAAUAGUUAAGAUUCCAUAGAAAGAAUGAAGUGAUUUGGUUUAUUUGUAUUAGACAUAUUGGAUUUUGGCUUUGGACAUUAGUACAUGUGAGUUCUUAAUUUGAUUCUUCUUAUUUAUUGUGAGACUUAGCCAAAUUUAUCUAAUGUUUCUCAGUUUUUCAUCUGUCUAAUAUAUGUAAUUACUCUUACUGCUUAUCUCUAAAGAAUGUUGUGAGAAAUUUGAAGUAGAACUUUUCCUUGUUUAUUAAAUAUCCUCCUUCCUGGAGAAAUCUUAUGAAA